AGGAGUGUUAUAGCAAAGACUCUCUUUCAGAUUAGAGCAAGUCUAAUUGCACGAAAGCGCUUUGUAAAUUUAGACCCCACGUAAUGUUUUAGAAAAUUUCAUGUAAACCUAGUCGUAGAAUUUACACCACGAUUUUGCAUCCUUUUUCUUGGAGUUAUAAGCUGCCAUGCCCAAAAACAAUAGCUGUGGAAAUGGGGCACACCAAGAAGAUACAGACCUACUAGUUGAUACUGAUUUUAUUGAAAAUUCUGUAAAUAACGAUGGAAGGAUAGUGUUCUCAUCAACUGGUUCGAUUCAAGACGAGGAAAAUGAUGUUCUUAUCAACCAUAGUGAACCUGUGGACAGGUAUUUUGGUGUGUAUAUUUUGUUCUAUUUGCUUGGAAUGGCUACUUUGUUGCCAUGGAACUUCUUUAUUACAGCAAACGGGUAUUGGAUGUAUAAACUUAGAGAUUUAAACACAACUUCUUCUGGGAACACAUCUCAUCUCUCUCCACUGCAACUAGGAUUUACCUCCUACUUAUGUGUUACCUCACUGGUCCCUAGUACGGUGGUUCUUGUUCUAAAUGCUUUUGUGGGACACAAGUUUUCUUUCAAACUCCGCAUUGCUGGUGGUUUGUUGGGUGUAGUUUUGUUGUUUACUUUUACAACAGCACUUGUUGAACUGGACACAGAUCCAUGGCAGAUGUCUUUCUACUUCAUAACUUUAGUAAGCGCCUUCUUCAUUAACGUUGUCAGCUCCAUAUUUCAAGGUGGCGUAUGUGGUCUUGCUGGAAAGUUCCCUAGCGGUUAUGUUAAUGCAGUUAUUAGCGGUCAAGCUCUAGGUGGUAUAUUUGCCUCACUUGCUAACAUAGUGUCUAUCGCCGUCGGUGCAUCUCCUACUCAAAGUGCGUUCUUAUACUUCAUGGCAGCGGAUUUUACUCUUGUUUUAUCAUUCUGCUUGUAUAUGGCUCUUUCAUCGACAAAAUUCUUUGUCUUUUACUCACAUUGUGAAAGAACACCUUCCAGUCAAAGUGAUCCGUUGAAAGCAAGUGAUCUCGUGGAAGACCAGGAAGACGAAGCGCUCAUCGUUGACACAGGAAUUUCUUAUCGUAGGAUUAUUGUACAGAUUUGGCCGUAUCUCUUCUCAAUUACGUUAGUGUACAUCGUUACGUUGUCACUAUUUCCUGCCGUAAGCGUAUUAAUCCGAUCUGCAAGCUAUGAUCAGGGCUUUAUCUGGAAUGAUGUUUAUUUUACUCCCGUCGCGUGUUUCCUACUCAUGAGUAUUGGUGAUUACAUUGGACGUACGUCAACAGGAAUCAUACCAAUGCCAUCGAACGUUAAAAUGUGGACAUGCAUACUCUCUGUUAUGCGAUUGGCAUUCAUCCCUCUGAUGAUAAUGUGCAAUGCCCAGCCUCGAUUCCAUUUGCCUGUUUUGAUUCCAAACGAUGCUGGAUUUGUACUUGUUAUGGCUCUUUUUGCAUUUUCGAAUGGUUACCUCAGUGUGAUUCCGUUUGCACAGGCCCCAAGGUGUGUAGACAAAAAAGAUCAAGAAACGGCCUCUUCUCUGAUGGCUGCCGGACUCGGUAUUGGUUUGGCAGUUGGCGGUGCCCUCAGCAGUGUUAUUGUUCGAAUUCUGUGAUGUUACAUUCGUUGCCUAGUAUUCUGUGGCCGUUGGUGGACAUCAUGAUCGGUCCCUUUCAUGUAGCCUACGGCAAAGCACGGGCAUCAUAGCCAGAGCCUCCUACGUCUAAUUAUGACAUUAUGGCUCUCCCUCCUUUUUUGGGUUUUUUUUUUUCGUUGUGUAUGUGUUUGGGUUCUCUCCUGUUCCUUCUGUAUGAAGUCCGUUCUCUUUUUCUCUUCUUUUUCGUCGGUAAUAAUAGCCCAACUACCAGA